UCAAAAGCAACCUUAAAAGACCGUACUCCUAGCUAACCCUUUCCUUGCUUGCCUGCCCUACUUUCCCAUCCUCACCACCACUACUAUCACCUCUUCUCCAGCCAUGGUGUCCCAAUGCUGCGCCGCAGGUGAACUCCACACCGGCACGCCCCAAGGCCAAGUCACCAAAAUCCACGGCCUAGACUGCUACGUCGCCGCGCCGCCAGCGGGCACCGCACCGCAAGGCGUCAUCGUCAUUCUUCCCGACAUCUUCGGCUGGACCCUGCCCAACACGCGCCUGCUCGCGGAUUCCUACGCCGCAAAGGGCAGCUACCUCGUCUACCUGCCCGAGGCGCAGUCCGGUACACACACCUACACAAACCCCCACACCUCUCUCUCUCUCUCUCUCUCUCUCUCUUCCUUCAAGCACUAACCACUAACGAACGCACGCACGCAGGCAUGGCAUUCGCGCCCAGCCUCCUAACCUCGCUCGAAGCGCUCGAGGCGCCCGGCCUCUACGCCGCCGUAACGCGCGCCUACCACCUCGCGCGCGUCGCCGCGUCGUACGCGCCCUUCGCGUACGUCAACACGGCCGCGGCCGUGCGCGCGCGCCUGUACCCCUUCCUGCGCGCGCUGCGGAUGAAGGAAGCGCAAGCCCUCCCGCUUGGCGUCGCCGGCUUCUGCUGGGGCGGGUACUGGUGCUUCCAGCUUGCGCGGGCGGACGCUACCGUAGCGCAUCCUGAUGCUGUGGGCGCUGAAGGCGGAGCUGAAGGCGGAGCUGAAGGAAAGGAAGAAGGUGCACAAAGUGAUGCAGCGGCGCGCCCCCUCGCCGACGCCCUCUUCACCGCACACCCCUCGCUGAUGGCCAUACCGACGGAUGUCGACACCGCCACGCGCCCGAUGAGCAUCGCCGCCGCGGGCAUCGACGCGCGGUACCCGGCUGCGGACGUGGAGACGACGCGUGCGAUCCUGGCGCGCAGGACUGAGGAGUCGGGCACGCCGCACGAGGUGCGUGUGUACGAGGGGUGCCAUCAUGGGUUUGCGUUGAGGGGGAGUCGGGAGGAGGGCGAGGGGGGUGCGGAGGCGGAGAAGCAGGCUUUGGCGUGGUUUGAGGGGCGGUUUGGGGAGUUGAAGGUGUAGGGGUGGGGAAGUGUACCUAUCUAAUGUUGUACGGAACUAAUAGCUCGUCGCUUUAAACAGCGUCAGCUUAAUCAGCCACCACACCAAACCUAGACUGCAGUAAUCCAGCACCCAUCAAACCAACAACGAUAUAGUAGCGUAAGUAAGCAAUACCGCCACAUUUGACAUCUCCCC